ACCGGGUCUGGGAGCUGUGUAAAAUACGAGAUCCGUGGGCAGGAGAAUAGACCGAUUACGAAGCACAAAUGAUCCACCUGAGAUAAGGCUGUACAACUGAUAGGGGCGCGCAGCCGACUUCGUGAAAGAGUUGAGGAUUAAGCAUUACUGUACCGCUCUGCACGUCAGUUACCUGCUGCUUUUAUCCGGUGGUUUCUGGAGUAAGACAGAGGGAGGGCGCGCCUGGGGUUCAAUCGCAUUGGCUGUACGGAGUGCUUGGAAUGCACCGAGAGAGUGACUCUUAAAAUCUGCUCUGAGAAUUGAUUGCUGAGCACGCGUUGUUGGAAGCCGGAGGUGGCUGAUUUAGUGCUGAGUACUGUAGCUCGGCGUCGGGUAUUAUUAUCACCGCAGUCACGCUCUCUUUGCACUAUAGUUGUGGUGUUUGUUUUUUUUUCACUGUUUGGAAAGAUUAAGGCGUUAAGCUGAAGAAACCAGUGUCGAAAAAGCACGGGAAGCUCAUCACGUUCCUGCGCACCUUCAUGAAGUCUCGCCCCACCAAGCAGAAGCUGAAGCAGCGCGGGAUCCUGAGGGAGCGGGUGUUCGGCUGUGACCUGGGCGAGCACCUCCUCAACUCUGCACAUGACGUCCCCCAGGUCCUCCAGAGCUGCACAGAGUUCAUUGAGAAGCAUGGCGUGGUGGAUGGGAUCUACCGGCUCUCCGGGAUCGCCUCCAACAUCCAGAAACUGCGGCACGAGUUUGAUUCGGAGCAGAUUCCGGACCUGACAAAGGAUUUGUACCUUCAAGAUAUCCACUGCGUGGGCUCCCUGUGCAAGCUGUACUUCAGAGAGCUGCCCAACCCCCUGCUCACCUACCAGCUCUAUGAGAAAUUCUCAGAUGCAGUGUCGGCCGCCACCGAUGAGGAGCGAUUGGUUAAAAUCCAUGAUGUCAUCCAGCAGCUGCCUCCUCCCCAUUACAGGACCUUGGAGUUUCUGAUGAGACACCUGUCGCACCUGGCUGCUUACAGUUACGUCACGAACAUGCACAGCAAGAACCUGGCCAUUGUGUGGGCGCCCAACCUGCUCAGGUCGAAGCAGAUCGAGUCGGCGUGCUUCAGUGGCACAGCAGCCUUCAUGGAGGUGCGGAUCCAGUCCGUGGUGGUGGAGUUCAUUCUCAACCACGUGGACGUGCUCUUCAGCACCAAGCUGAGCUCACUGAUCCGGGAGGGAGCAGGACACUGCUCCCUGGCCCGGCCCAAGUCUCUGCUGGUCUCCACUCCCUCCACCAAGCUGCUGACCCUGGAGGAGGCUCAGGCCCGGACACAAGCCCAGAUCAACUCCCCUGUCACGGCCGACAGCAAGUACAUUGAGGUGGGGGAGGGGCCGUCCGCCCUGCAGGGCAAGUUCCACACCGUCCUCGACUUCCCUACAGAGAGGAAGAAGGUGAAGAAGUCCCCGGUGGGCAACUGGCGGUCCUUCUUCAACCUGGGCAAGUCCUCCUCUUCCUCCAUGGCCAAGCGCAAGCUGCAGCGCAACCGCAGCGAGCCCCACGAGAUGAAGGCCCUGGCCCUCGCAGGUGGCAGAGGUGAUACAGGCACACUGCGCUCUGCUAAAAGCGAGGAGUCGCUCACCUCUCUACACAACGUGGAAGGCGAGUCGAAGGUGUACCGGCCUCGCAGGCCGCGCUCCAGCAGUGACGCGCUCUCUGCUUCCUUUAACGGGGACCUGCUGGACAGGUCCCGGAGCCACUGCGACUCCUACGACAACGUCCCGCAGGAGGACAGCGAGGGGGACGAGGGCCCCAUCCGGGUGCCUGCGCUCAUCUCACCCCCGCGCUGCUCAGAGGACAUGGACCUGAGCCCACCAGACAUGGGUGUGGCCUCCCUGGACUUUGACCCCAUGUCCUUUCAGUGCAGCCCCCCGCGGCCGGAACCAGACCCCCCCUCGCCCCGGAUCAGAGACCCCGGUGGGGGUGGCAGCGACUCGGAAACCGCCUCGCCCCCCUCCCCUGACAAAUUCACUAGCCCCUUCCUGUCUCCCGAUCUCAGCCCGGCGCUGGAGGAGAGAGCUGGCGCCAAGCACACGUCUUUCGCAGUGAAGAUGGUUCACGCCCUGUCCCCUAAAAUCAGCCGCAAGUCCACAAAGCCCCCUCCCAUGACCAUCUCCGAACCCAUGGCCAUCUCUCUGCCCAGCCGGGUGUCGGAGAUGAUAGGGGGCAUCUCCUCCCCCUCCCCGCCCAGUCAGAGGAAGCCGCACUCUGACGGGGGCAGCCGCUCGCCCCCACCUCCACCCCCAACCCAGGUGAUCUCCGUGCUGCCUCAGAGCGAGGGCAGCCAGCAGGAGGGCUUCUCCGCCGUGGAGAGCAGAGGGCAGGGAGCCAGGGAGAGGACUGACUCCUUCAGCAAGCCACAGCAAGGAGCCAUGUCUCUGGACUCCCCGCAGGACCCGGCCCUCGUCAGUUCAGUGUCCCUCCUCCCUCCCCCUCCCCCUCCAAAGAAUGCGGCCCGCAUGCUAGCCCUGGCCCUGGCUGAAUCCGCCCAGCAGGCCUCCAUCCAGUCCCAGAGGAAGCCUCCAGAGCCCCAGAUGCCCGUCUCCUCCCCUCCGAGACCACGAGAAGCACCUGAAACCCCUCCUGCCAGGCCCCAGCCUCCCCCUGUUGAUUACGGAGACAGAGUGGCACCUGAAACACCGGUUUCAGCCCCAGCUACGGCAUAUACCCCAGCCAGCGUGACCACUACUAGACAGCCCACUUCAGCCAGCUACCACUUCACCAUGAACAACGCCACAGUGGCUACUGCUGCUUCUACCUUCACUGCCACCCCCACAAGCCAUUGCAGCAGCAGCACCAGCACUAGCACUGCAGCCAGCCCCAUCACCUCAGCCAGUCCUAUCACCUCAGCCAGCCCCAUCACACCAAGUCAGCACACCGCAAUCACAAGCCCUUCAGCGCACAGGAGCCCAGAGAGGCAGCAGCCUGCCAUGGGCCAGGUUCCAUUUUCCACUACGCCGAAGGAGACCCCAACAGCCAUACAGCAGGUGUGGACCGGUGGAGCAGUGCCUUCACAACCUCCGUUAAAGCCUGCUGAUCAGCCCGCCCCGCUGUCGCACCACCACGCAAGCAGCUCUGCCCGGCCGGCCUCCGCAAUGGCUGCAGAGAAGCCCAGAGAGACCGCCAAGCCUCCUGCCCUCCAACCACGGGCAGAGUCUGUCCCCCUGUACCACGCCUACGGCCCCACACCCCCACCCCCGCCGGUCCGCUCCAUCGAGAGCAAGCUGGCAGCCGCCACCCUCUCGGGCACGGCUGAGGCAGCAAACGCCUCCAACUUCCACUCCAUCCUGGCUGUAGCCUCGGUGCCAGCCUCGGUGGAGGAAGCUCUGCCUCCACCCCCACCUCCCAAAUCAGCUGCCCUCCAGCAAGCAUACCUCUACCACUCCAAAUCAGAGAGAGUGCCGGAGCCCAGCGUGGAGGCCUAUUACUAUCACAGGGCUGGGUCGCUAGGGCAGUCCUCAGUACCCUUCCACUACCGACCUGAAAGUGUGCCACCCCACCUCUCAUGCCCUUCCAAACCAGAGCCCCAGCCUCUGUACAGCGCCCGCAGCGACACCCGCUGCGACAUCCGCUACAGUACUCUCGGACCGAAGGCCAUGCACUCCAAACCCCGGGGGGUGCUCAGGGCUGAGUGUGGUCCUGCAGUGCCCACAGUACUGCGCAGCCAGGGGUACUCCCCAGUCGACGCUUCGACGGUGUACCCCACAAUCCGGAGGGUCCGUUCUCUGCACGCGGCUCCCACGGUCCGCUCUGUGCCAAUCUCCCGCACCGAGGUCCCUCCGGACGAUGAGCUGUACUACUGCCAGCGGCCGGUCUACCAGUACAAGCCCUACCAGCAGCCCUUGCAGUCGGAAUACCACGUCACCCAGCUGCAGCCCUACUUUGAGAACGGCCGCGUUCAGUACCGCUACAGCCCAUCCUCGGGAGCCAGCCCCCUGGACGCCCCCUAUUACGACGUAGACCCUUACGGCACCAUCCGGCUCCGCCACGUCCACUCCUUCACCAGCCGUGACCUGACUCCGCAGCUCAGCAAGGCAACCGGCAAGUCUGGCGGAUACCACUACCUUUCGAGGGCAUUGAUGCCCCCAGGCAAGGAGCACAGCUUUGUGAGUCGGGACAUGCCCCCCUCACAGGACUUCAAGGCACUUUACCUGGCCUGGGACCCGGAGGAGACCGACAAGUACCGGAUGCAGUCCAUCCGACGUGAGAGCAGGACCCGGCAGAAGACCAGAGUCCCCGUGAUGUCACAGUAUGACAACGUGGGUCCUCUGCUGCAAGGGGAACUGGGCGGGGUGGAGAUCCUGCACCUGCGUAGCAAGUCCGACCCUGGGAAGGCUGUGCUGAUGGCUGCAGAGGGGAAAGACGGACGCUAUGGGGCAGCAGCCCAGCCUCCGAGGCACCUUAUUUCAGAAAGCGAGGUCCUCUCCUAUAUGGAGCCCGAUAGGCACUACCAAGGGAAUGGGCUGAACGACAAACCAGCUUUGCCUCAGAAGCAAGCUGGAUCCAGGAACCCCCAGCCAAUGCAGCCCCAUAAUCAACCACACCAACCACAACCUCGAGCUCUCCCUCCGCAGCAACAGGAAUCGAGCCAGGCUCACAAAAACGAGCCUGGAGAAUACGAGCACAGCAGCAGCAGGCUCUGGCAGGAACACCAGCCCAGCUACGAGAGGCAAGACCCAGAGAGGCUUAGCAUCCGGAUCAGAACCACUAGCAGCUACCCUGAAGAGGAUCCACAGCUGGUCUCUGGAAAAUCCAGCGCCCCUCCCAAACCAGAACGAUCCCACAGCAUCCGGGGAACCCUCCCACACUACCAGCACCACCACCCCUCUAAUGCCCCUCCGCACCCACAGGAGAACCUGGAGAGGGACUACACCCUCCCACACUACCAGCACCACCCCUCUAAUGCCCCUCCGCACCCACAGGAGAAUCUGGAGAGGGACUACACCCUCCCACACUACCAGCACCACCCUGCUAAUGCCCCUCCGCACCCACAGGAGAAUCUGGAGAGGGACUACACCCUCCCACACUACCAGCACCACCCUGCUAAUGCCCCUCCGCACCCACAGGAGAACCUGGAGAGGGCCCAUGGCUCUCAGUACUCUUACCAGCCCCAUGGCACAAGACACAGUGCCAUGACUGUCCUGUCGCAGUAUGAUAACUUGGAUGACUACCACCCUAUACCUCAGCCUCAAAGUCAGCCACAGACUUCCCAGCCCAGCAGGGGGGGCGGUGGCACCCUUACAGGGGGUGGUGUCAGUGGGGGUGGUUCUUUCGUAGCUCCAGGCUUCCCCCAUGCUCUCAACAACAGGGCAUAUUCUACUGCCCUGGGGCAGGGCUCCUUCCUUCAGGCAGAGUUGUCCUUGCAGAGACCUGAAGCAAAAAUCCACGCAGAAUGAGAGGCUUUUAGUAGAAAUAAAAAAAAUUAAUAAAAAAAAAUAAUUAAAUAAAUAAAAAUAGACAUCAGCAGCCUCUGCAGGACAGCGGACUGUCGCCUCGUUUUUUUUUUGUAUUUUUUAAACAAAUGUAAAGAGAAAAAUAACACACAAAACAAACAAAAAUGCAAAGACUUUUUACUGGACUGAAUGUAUCAUAGAUUCUGCCCUUGUCUUUACUGUCACACAGCUGUGAUUUAGUAAAAGGGCAGGUUUAAGAAAGAAAAAAAAAAAACAGCCACUGCUACUGUUGUGUUUGGGCUGCUUCUUCUGUAGGAGGGGGGCGGGGAGCAGGGGUUGCAUUUUAGAAAUGCAUGUCUGAUCUCUCUCAAAAGAAGUGUGCGUGCGAGUGUGUGCGUGCGUGCGUGCGUGUGUGUGUGUGUGCGUGUGUGUGUCUGCGUGUUUUGCUUUCCGUUGUGCACUACCUGGUUCUUCCUGUGUGGAACGAGGGACGGCCUAUUUGGUGGUGUCUCUUCUCAGUGCACGUGACCGUGUGCUCAAAUGGGACAGGGGGACCCCCAGCAAGCUGAGAUGAAUUGAAGCAGGUUUUUUUUAUUUUUUUUUAUUUUUACUCUUGCCUUUUAUAAAGGAGAAAUUUGUGUGUGGGGGGGGGGGAUGUAAACAGAUAUACAGUAUAUAUAUUUCCUCAUUUGUGGAGAGAUGUGGAUAUGCAGGUCCAAACAGAAACACAUUUUAGGAGUCUAUUUGUGAGUAAAUACAGUGUAACAUGGAUGGAUUGCUAAAGAGGGGUUGACAUGAAAACCAUUUGAACUGUUGUGAAUUCUGAGCUGUUCUCUCCACUGCUGUACAUGCAGCUCAUUUCAGCAGAGAAUUAUACAAAUACAUGUCUCACUGAUGCCUUUGAAAUAUUGUGUGUACAUGUGUUAAAAUCCAUGGCGUGUUGGCUCAAAUUCUUACUUGUUUUGGGGAGUGAAGAAAUCUCAUACGGUCCAUCCAUACUGGCCCUAGAAUGAGCAAAAAUAGAACCAAAAUUAGAUACAAAAUUAGAGGGGGGGCAUAGCUAUUAAGGUCUUUGAGUGUAUUUUAUUUUAUUUUUUGUACAGGAUUUUCGAUGUUCGCUCCCUGAUUGUGAGACAGCGUUUGAGGUAAAGCAGUCAGAAACCUUCCCCUCCUAUAUUGUCAGUUUAUUCCUUCUAUAAAAUCCCAUUGUUUCAGUGUGUUAUUAUAAAUAUAUGUCUAUAAUAAGCAUUUGGAUAACAAAAUAUUUUUCUAUCUUUACCCCUGACAGAGUCUAAAAGAUGCAGUGUUCAUUUUUGUAAUGUACAGUAAAUGUUGUAAUGUUUUUAACCGUUAGUCCAGGUACACGUGCUUGUGAUCCCCUGACAUGUCGAUUAGAAAUCAUCAAUGCUGCUUCAGUGCCCCUUCCAGUGAGUUACAAUGCACUCCAGUUAUUAACACAGCGAGGCACAGCUGCUUGAUUUAACAAACACAAGCAACAUGGCAUUCUUGAAAGCAGUGACAUUCUGCAUUCGUUCACACAUUCGAAAUGAACUUGUAGAUCGCAUUCACGAAGUUUGCAUUUCACUUUUGCACUUGUGGUGAUGUUGUGUAUUACAGCCCGCUGGGAGGCAGGUGACUGUGUUCAGUGCAAAUGAGAACCCAUGUGCUGUCUUGAGCUGUUCUGGUUGAUUGCAGUUGGUACUAAUGAAAGGGCCCCUACAAUAGAGCAAUGCUUUUUAGUUCAUGGCAACUGAGCCGCUGCUAAUAUGACUACAUCCAAGCCAGCUGAUGUAGAACAGCACACAGAAAUUGCUGACCGUUCAACCCCAUUAUUAUUAUUAUUAUUAUUAUUAUUAUUUCAUUCCUGUAUCUCAGCCUGUUCUAGAAUCCAGUUUCACAGUAACUUUUAAGAUGUUGCUUCAUUUGAACCUUUUAAAACUGUAACGCUAUUGUGCCGAUCACCUGGUAUUGUUUUAAUGCAACGUCUGUUUAUUCUGAUACUAGUAUGUGAUUUGUUCUGUGUCUUGUAAUAAAUGAUGACUCUUUAUUUUAAAGGAGAGGCUGCAUCCUUUGGCUUUCACAAUCAAUUGUUUCAGUAGCGUGGCAUCAAUACAAACUUCUCGGUUUGAUCAAUGUAAUCCGGACAAUAUAUUAACAAGAAUGGACAAAACAAAUAAAAGCAAUGGGCAUAAA